AUGAGCUCUCUUGAUAUUCCAGAAAAAUAUGCUCCUUAUGCCGAUGCAAUCAAGGCCACUAUAAAAAAAACAAUUAAGUUCAAGUUGCAGAAAAAUCCUGAUCUCAAACUGUGGCAAAGCAAGGUAGGAGGCUCACCCUAUCUACCUCUUAAUGAGCCAUAUCCGCUUAAUUCAGAGGGAGAACCACUCCUAUUUCUGGCUCAAGUGAAUUUCGCAGAAUUGCCACGCAUUGAGGAUUUUCCAGAGAAAGGAAUACUUGAAUUUUAUAUUGAUGGACAAGAUGAUGUUAUGGGUCUUGAUAAUGAGGAUGGUGGAUAUAAAGUGGUGUACUUUGAAGAUAUCGAAGAAGAUGAGUCAAAACUUCGUCGUGAAUUUGAAAAAUUAACAUUCCCAAUAGGACCCUUUGAAGAAGAAGUAUGUUAUGGCAUGGAAUUCUCUCUUGAAGAUCAGUACAUGUCAAUUUCAGACUACCGUUUUGAGAAUAUAGCAAAUUUUGGAGAUGAUUAUGACAUGUAUGAUGACUAUAAUGCUUUAUAUCCUGCCCACAGGCAUCGUCUUUGGGGGUAUCCCUAUUUCACACAAAGAGAUCCUAGGACAAGUGAAAACGAAUUCAAGGAUUAUGAAUUAUUAUUUCAGCUUGAUAGUGAUGAAAAUAUAAUAUGGGGUGAUCUGGGUAUCGCUGCAUUUUUCAUUAAACCUGAUGAUCUUAAAAAACUUGAUUUCACUAAUGUUCUUUACAACUGGGAUUGUACAUAA